AUGUGUUUCUUUAUCUAUCUUGAGAUUUACUUGACUGUGGCUCCGUUAUCUUUAGGGGUGAUUCGGGUGCAAGACAGGUUGCAAGGAAGCCAUCCGUAUAUGUUCCGUGUGACGGCCGAGGACUGCCGACGACCAACACCCAGAAAGGCUACUGUUGAUGUAAUGGUGAAGCAGAUAGAAGAGGGCUGUCAACCGGGUUGGAAAGGGGUACCAGCAUACCUCGAAUACACUGGUGGGCUGUACACACCAGGAAAUCUGCUUCGCCACUAUCAACUCAGGCUUGAUACUUGUGCUGGCAAUUGUCCGGAUGCAACGAUUGAGGCGAGGUUGGAGUUGAAGUCUGCACUCAAGGAAUAUCAGCUGAUAACAGCAAGCUCUGAUGCAUGUUUGCAUGACCUGGAGCACCUGAGUCUGCAACGAUCGCUUUGUGAUAUUUACCCGGCCACACUUACAAACCUACUUCCGGACCCGGAUAAGGAUAUUGUUGCUCAACUUACCCGGCCACCACUUGGUAACCCACCACGGUCAAUUGCACCUACUCAACAAUGGCGUUUCGAAAGCUCGGCAAGUAGUGUCUGGGAGGUUGAUUCGUUACGGUUUGGCGAUGACGCCCAGGUCAAUGCCUUCGAUGCAGAGUUCACGGUUACCUUUUGGCUUGUGAGACAGCCUGGUGAAAUUCUCCCACCGGAUGCCACAGUGGAGGACAGGGAGGAAACCGUUAUUUGCAAAGUCAACUGGCGUUUCUUCUCGAUUAGCUUUCGCGAGUGUCGCCUCAUCGUCCGUUUGAUGGCUUCAUUUCAAUACCAAAUGAGCGAUGUUGACAAUGAACCCAGGAAGAAGACGGUUUGGAUGUUCGGCCCACUUCCGGAUGAAUAUUGCCGACCGAGUGAUUUGAGUCGCGUCACUUGGCAUCAUUACGCAAUUACGUUCAGUCGCAGUCCUUGGGCAUCAACUUCGGAAUUUAUCAGCUUACAGAUUGACGGACAGGAUUUGGGGAUGCUGGGAGUUCCGAUAGAGACACUCAUGCCUGCCAAUCCACCAUAUAUUCCAUCCGAAAAGAGAGCGAAACCAAGGAUUACCAUCGGUGCCUGUUUCGAUCGAAUCACACGCCUGACGAGGCAGCAUUUGAAUGGCGAAUUAGCCGGAUUGACUGUGCUCCUCGGCAAAACCGAAUCUCCGAAUAAUUUGCGCUGCAUUGCUCAAUGUGGCGAAUCGCUUCUGGUGCCUAACGUACUAAAGUACCUGCGCGAAGACAUUACAGUAAAUCUGACAAACAACGCUAUUACCGUCUAUGGGAAGAAUUCCAGUCAUGUUUCUGAGGUUCUUCGAGCAAUCGCCUAUAUUCGCACCCAACCGCAUGUUAGUCCGGACUACGUGGCCACCGUCGCCCAGGCUCGUAACCUCACGCUGUCAACAAAAUACAAGUGCAGUCCAAAUGAACCUGUUUCAAUUCCGCCAAAUGAUAUCCAGCUAUACGUACCAAGGUUGGAUCCCCCUUCGCCGCAUGAGGUCGAAGUCGCCCAUCCCAUUAUGACUGGAUCGGAAUGGGUUAAUGAAGGCAACAAGUUAGAACGUCCAUCAAGCUCGCAGGCUUCACUGGAUCGGCAAGCUCCCCCCGGAACUGGUAUAGAUGGCGGUCGGAUCAAUCCCUCACUGUCCCUUUUUAUACAGGGGUCAGAUAUAAUCAUUACCGAAUUCCCCAUCAACGACUUUGGAGUCCCCAUAUUCUCGGACAUCAAGUUUGUGCUACCAGAUGAAUCUGACAACAUACCCGGAAAUGCCGUCCGUGGAAAUGCCGCCAAGGUAAUGUUGGACAGUUGUCAUGUGUGGAUCGCAUCUUCCGGGGGCACCACAGAAAAAAAGCAAGCUGUUUCGUCAAACGGGAAUGAAGGAGAACAUAUCGAGUGGUCACUGGCUCAAGUGAUGGGCGCUGGUCUCGCUGGUAAAAACGAUCAGCAUGGCGUGCAACUGAUUGGACGAAAACCUGCUGGUGAUUACGAACAGGUACUGCGUACACUUCACUAUGUACCUCCAAAUCUUGACAAUUCCAAUGCAGGUAGUGCUCAAGGCAACCCUGAUUCAGAUUCAGAAUACGUGUCAACGAUCGGUCUCAUGUGCAGCGUAGAUUACGGGCGUCAAACUUUACAGUUUUACGUGAAGAUUAUCAUUGAGUCUUCGGAAAGCGCCAAGGUCCAUUUAUCAAGCAACGAAGCGAUUGAACGUCUAUCACCCAACCAGCAACAAUUAGGAGUGCCGCAUUUGGCCCAGUCAGAUCAAGAAAGACGGAUGGUUGAUGAUACUCUACGACCAGUUAUUAAGGACCAGUCUGUCUUGAGUAUGGAGCAGUCGAGCAAGCUCCCGCGACCUGGUCCUUUCAUGAUUGCCGGUAUAGCCAUUGCCGUCACCCUGGUGAUUGUACUCAUAUCCUUCUUGGUUGCUGCACUCAUAAGAGGUCGGCAGCGUUUCCAUCAUCAAAGACAACCAGGCCGUCGCCACCGAUUUCCAGCAAAGCCGGCUGACUUCGGUGGAGCUAACUUGAAACAGGACCCAACACUACGCCUGACUGCGAACCCUGUUGGUGUGAUGGAAUAUACGGGCCUUGGAACAGUCAGCGAAAACUUAUACGGUUCAUACAGAAAUUUGGCUCCGAACCAGUACAUAUUUUCUCCACCGACCCACCGGAAAUGUGACUCCUCGGAGGACAGUGUACCACGUCUGGCUGAUCUGGAUGAAUUCGAUGAGGACUAUUUGGACCAGGCGGAUGAGCAGUUUUGCGAGAGUGAAGAAAACCGGACGGCGUCGGACCGUUCCACACCAAACGGAUCAUUUCAGAACGUCCAGCAUCAACAACGUUGUAUGAAUGAUCGCAAGGAACAACUGUACCAAGCAGAUGAGUACGGCUUAGAAGUGAACGAAUGGAUGGAUGAUGGACCAGAAAAUGUCCAAGCCCCACCGGCCAGACGUGCAAAUGCGGCGGAAAUUUGGGAUAUAGUAUCGCAUCAUCCACCGUCAAUGAAUGGGCCAGCACCGGUGAACGUAUAAUGCGUACUGCAGCAGAUCUAUUGAGCUGUUUACUCGCAAAAUAACAAUGUGGAAUUAUAGCUCCGGCCAACUGCAGUCACUGGUGCUCCACCCACCCCCAAAGCUACGAUGCUACGCGCCUAUCAUAGUAUUGAUAUUAGUUUUUAUGCUUUCGUUCGCUUCAUUCUUACUACUCUCAUUCGUCGCACAAAUCAAGCUUUCUAGUGAAUCAUUUAUGAUUAUCUAUACGGCUGAUCGUCUACUUCAUAUCUGGGUAGAAUUGCAUCAUUCUGCUUAUGAAAAUGUAUUAUAUUUUACACAUCUUACUGUAUACUCAUUCGUGCUACAUGUCACUUCAGUUCUUUGACUUACCUGCAACUUUGUCGGCUUCUUACAUUCGUAUAUCCAAGGUACCUAUAUGUUUGUGCCACUUCUACCUGUUCUCAAAACCUUGCUUGUUUUCUGUCCGCCAUAAGGUGCAAGUUAGCCGAAUGGCUUUCAUGCAACAAAUAAAGAUAAUGAAACAAACUUCCGGUGGAUGUUUGCCACACAAGUUCUUGAAUGAGCGUCCUUGUGAACGUUCAUUCUUGGGUCAAUAUAUUGGCAAAUUUCAAUAAAAUUCAAGUCUUUCGGGGGUCGAUUGAAAUGACGUCCAAAGAUAACUGUUUUUGGAAGAUGUUUCUUCUGAUCACUGACUUGAGA